CCUUGCAUCAUGGACUGUUUAAAAAAGAAAACAAUUGUGUUUUCUACUCUGAACAAAACCAUGCAAACAAAUGAAGUUGUCAAUCAAGUGAAGUGUUUUACCCUUGUAUUAGAAAUUACUAGAAUAAUGUACAGCAAAGAACCUAUAAGGAGUAAUAGAAAGGUAUCUUCUCUCAUUUUCUAGUAGUUUUGUUCAGCAGUUUAAAGGAUUUUGAUGUGAACUAUUUUAUUGUCCGCUGGUCUCUGGGAUGAAUGUGUGAUUGCGGCAUCGGGUUAGAGGGGGUAAUGUACUGACAAUACAUUGAUCUUAACUCUGGAAUGAACCGUUACAUCACACAAGUUAAUUGUGAUUCAGAGAAUUGUUUGUGCUACAUGAAUGGCUUCCCUCAUUAGGACACCGAGAUGAAUAUGAAGAUGGAUGAAGUGUUAGAUCUUUUAUUAUUUAUUAUUUUAAUGAAUAUAGCACUAUGCAUUCAAUAAAGUAUUGCUAAAUUCAAUUUAACACCAUUUAGCAACUGUAUACCCUCUUUUUUCUACUCAGUCCUAGCUGGAAAAUCAUCUUUCUUUUGUACUGUAAUGCAGCACAAGGAUCUUAUAUAAUGUGCAUGACGCACGCAAAACAAAUCCCAGUACUAACUCAGUGAUAACGCUUCACAGCAAAACUAUGUGUAGACCCAGGCAGCUGGGUUCUUAACAGAGGAAUUUUAUUUGGCAUACCAAAAGCCAUGUUUAAUUAGUUGAACUGGAAAGACUCUAAAUACCCCCUGACUGCAUAAUGUGUUUCUGUAAAAGGCUACUGUCUUCAUUAUUUGUUCCUGAUCAGGGAACCUUCAAGUGUUGGGAACUGGAACACAUAUUUAUUGGCUUCUUAUUGCAAUUUGAUUGCAGCACCUUUUAUCUAUGACCAGGAUAAACCAGUGGCAGGCAUUAUGAAGACUUUGCACUAAACUAACGAAACAAAAAAUCUAGCCAAGAACCGAAUAAUUUAGAGUCUGUGCUGUCAUUGCCAGAUAAGGAGCUCAGUCAAACCCAAUGAGGCUGCUGGUUGUAUGAGGCAUUCUGUCUUUUGAUUGGCUUCUGUUCUUAAGGAGGCAGGUGAAAUAAUCUGUUAUGUUCUCAUCUACCGCAUGCCAAAGCAACACAUUUUAAUUUGAUCCCAAAAUUUGGAUCAAUAGUGUUGGGGUGACUGUUGAGAUUCUAUUUAACCAAUGCAUCCAAGAAUUAUCACAAUCAGAAUAGGUGGGACCUAUGGAAACCUUUCUUUACAACUGUAAAUAUACACUAGGCUAAAGUUCUUUUAACAAGGCCAAUAGGCUUGGACUCAGAGUCCUGUUUGAGACACUUGAACAUGAUAAGAAGAAUGUAUUGUACUCUAUUCUAUUACAAUAAAUCAUUGUUGCCUCUGGGUGACAAACUAAAUAAUUGAGAGGGGAUUAUGAAAAAAGAGAAUAUGCUUUUAGCAUUCCUUAAAGCAAACAGAAAAUCAAAAGAGACAUGCAGAAGGGUUAUCAUCUGGUAACUCGUUCUUCCUGCCCUGAGGACCAGUAUACAAUACGUUCAUAGUCAGCCAGCAGCAGGAUGAUUGAGGUCCACUUAGUCCCUCUCAGGCUUGGCUCUUUGCCUGACCAGUAAGAGCUUAAACCCUGUCCGUAUUAAUGGUGAGCAAGCUUGUGUUCACUGCUGGGCCAGAACUACAAUGCUGCUGGGUACAACUUUAAUCCUGUAGUAUUUUAUUAUUUACAAUUUCAUUCUGUUGGAUUUCAUUUCUGUUUAACUAUGCAUGACCUACUUUUUGCAGUUAGGCCAGUUAUUGUAAAAAAAAAACAACAACUGUACUGUUAUAAUCGUUUGGGCAAGGAGAUAGAUCAGACUUUACUACAUACAAAAGAGGGGGGUUUGCAUUCAGAUUGAUCUAAAUCUAAAGAUGAUUUUCACAGAAACCGUAAUUAUUUUCAAAGACUGUAUGGAUUGAACUCAUAAUUUCAAAACGUCACUGGUAGUACUGGAAAACUGUCUGGGAAUAUUUUCUUUGGGGGGGAGCAGGAUAUUUACAGCAGGGUUCAGGGGGUUUUGUGAUGGCCGUGCCACUUUUUUACACUGUUGGAUUCUGUUUGCCAGCAGUGUAGAAAAGUAAGAAAUAAUACCAAACAUCGUUUGAUUUGAACUAAACAAUACCUCAGUGUUUAACCAUCACAGGCAUCAGAAUUACAAAAUAAAAUACAGAGGCAGAUGAUUGAAUUCAUUUUUUGGUACAUUUUGUUACUGACCAGACUCCAUUCUGCUUGUUAGUCCAUACAAUCCCACAUCUCUUAUCAACGAAGAACAGAUGCAUCACUCCUUAUAUCCAAUUUCCUAACAAAAAGCUUAAUUUCAUUACUUUGAACAUAGCCAUCUUGUAUAUAAAAAAAGUAUAUUCAAAUCAAUGUAAUCACUUUUAUCCCUGAAGGCUCAAAGAUAGAUCAGUGAUAUUGUACUGCAUUUCACAGAGAUUUUCAAUGUGAUGCGCUUAUACUCCCACCUCUACAGCAUCACAAGAAGAGAAGUUCAGUGAAUACAUUAAAGUGCUCUCUUGGCAUCACAGAUAUUCAUUUUUCACAGAGAUGGGAUGAUGCUCAUUUCUGAGCGGCUGCUGUACAUUCAGCAGCUUGUGUGUGAACGGUAAGCCAUCGGCUUAAUGUAAAUGAUAUUUCAGGUUUAUAUUAAUGCAACCAGGAGCCUCUACAUGAAAUAUACAGAGAGGCACAGUUGGGGUGAAAAGGACUGAUGGAAAUGAACUGAGAAACAACUGCAGCAUUACUCAAAAUCUGAAAGAAAACGAACAAAAAUACCACUCUGAAACUGUAACCAUGGAGACUAGCCAGCUAUCAGAAAUGGCAACGGAAACUGACUGUAAAAUGGAUUCUGUAGAAACAGAAAAGCUUGAAAAUAAAGACUUGUUUAGAGAAAGCGAAGAUGUUAGUUUCCAUGCAGAAAUAAAGAAAACCAUCGAAGAAACAGAAGUUGAAACCGCAAUAGAAGAACACGAAAGCAGGAAAUUAAUAGAAAUUACCUUUCAAGAGGAGGCUUUGCAUGCAGACGUGGAUUUAGAGGAGCUUCAUCAAACAGAGUCUGUUGCUUCCUCAGUGUCUGACACAACUUCCAGUGCUGGCAGUGUUUGUGAAACUGAAAUCAGACACACAGAACAAGAACCAGGUCAUCAAGGCCAGUUCGAUAAUGACGUUAUGACAGUAUCUUCAGAUUGUCAUGUUAAGGAAGUAAUGGAAGCUGUGGAGCAUAGCACCAUCCAGGAAAAUGAUUUGUUUGAAGAAAUGGAGGACUCGGCUUUAGAGCACUGUAUAAAAGAGGAAGCACUUUCUGAUGUGUCUACUGAAGAAGCUGAAACCUCUGAACUAAUUACCAGUUUACAGGAAGAAAUAGCUGCUGUGUCUUCAGAUAGUGAGAUUGAUGACAAAUGGAGGAGCAUUUUCACUUCUACUGUUAAUAAAGAAAAUGAGGAUUUGUUCUUAGGCACAAAUAUCCAGGUGAAAACUACAGAACAAUCUGUUGAGGAGAAAGAGAGCGAUGGACCAAACCCAGUGGAAAUGAAUCAAGAGACUCAGAGGGAAGCCACAACCACUGAGAAAAACAAUGCAGAUGUUGACAAUGAGUUUGAAGGCAAAAGUGAACAUGUUUUUCAAAUAGAGGAAGAUUCAAACGAUUCUUCUUCACUGUUAGACAUUCACCAGGAUAAGCUAUCUGAGGAUAACAAUAUAAAAGUCAAGGAAGACCCAAGUCAAACCUUAAAGCAAAAUCCACAUCCAUCACACACCAGUUCACAUGAUCCUACCAAGAAGAUUCCCAAAGACUACUGCGUAGUUGAAGAGUCACAAAAUGAAAAUGUAGAUAUGGAACAUGUUGAUUUUAUAGUUGCACGUAAACAGUGGUUGAAGAUGGAAGAGUUGACAAAAUGCCAAAGCUGCAAUUCUCCAGUCAAACAGAGUAAAUGCCAGGCAGGUCACAGCUUCAUGCACACUCCUGUUAGAAACAUUGAAAAACCUGUGAGUCAAGAGAACAGAGAGGCACACAAACGACAAGUAAAAGAUGUGGGGGUAGGAAGUUUUGAUAUAAUGAUGGGUGAGAGUUUAGGAAAAAAUGACCACCAGCAAACUCUCUUCAGUCCUUCCUCGGAAGAUUCUGGUUUGGAUGAUUCCAGUUGCAGAUCUACCUAUGAUGAUACAAGUUUAACAGCCACUGACACACUGGUGUCUCCAAAAUCAAAUCAAGAAACUCCAAUUGAAAAGGAGAUCCGGCAGGCUUUAGAGAGAGAAGUGAAUUUAAGGCGUGAAAGGGGGAUUUCACAGCCAGUUGUCUCAAAUGAAUAUGUGGAGAUCAAAACCAAACCUUCCCUUCUCCACCAAGGAUCUGAUCGUCCUAAAGGAACAACCAAGCAAUUUGCUGAGCUGCAGAUGCAGAGAGAUAUUUUACUGGAGUGCAGUAGAGAAUAUGACCUUGUUCAGCAAGGAAAGGUCAGGGGCAAGUAUAACAGAGGACUGUCCCAGGAAAUAGAGGAAAAAAGGAAUAUAUAUCAAACACAAGAUAAGUGUAAAAUGCAGAGGUCACUGUCACAUGGGCCUCUAUAUCAUGAGUUGUCUGCAGAAAAUGUUAUUAUACUGGAGCAUGAUUCCUUUCUCUCCCCUGGAAGACAAGGUGGGAAAGAUAAUCCAGUUUCUCCUGUACGCAAGAAACAAAACAAGUGGCCCCCAGAGACAGCAAAUGUGAUCAUACUAGAAACAUCAAACGUGAUCAUACGCAGUGCAUCUGAGUUUUGUCUAUCUGCUGCACAAGACAGCCAAGAAAAUACUAUUCACAGCAAUCCUUUCUUCAAGCUACGUUCCAGGAGUUCUCUGUCUCUAGUCGACCAGGAGAUUAAAAUAGCGACACAGAGAGAAGAAGAAUUGCAAAGACAAAGGGCCAGUCUUUAUUCAAAUGAGAAGACCGGAUACAGCACUGUACUGGCAUCUCCAAACUUACUGGACCCCUUCUCGUUUGAUAAAUCAGAAAUGCCUUUGAGAUGUAGAUCCUCCCCUUCAUCACCUAUGAAAUCUGCAUUUAAAAACAUGGACCAAUCACCUCUGAGGUGUGAUAGCAAGCAGUUUCUGGAAGCUGCAGCAGGAUCCCGUCGCAAGAGUGAAAUGGCGCUUCGCUGGGAGGCUGGGAUAUUUACCAACAAUGAGUAAGAAGAAAAUGUGCAGGAAAAACAACCCUUGCUAAGGGUUUAAGAAUAUCUCAUUUAAACUGUUUUCUCAAGAAAAAAACAUAGUUAAAAGCUGCUUUUGUAGUUUUAUUAUAUGCAUAAUGUUAUGAAGAGCUUAGCCAGAACGUAUUAUUUAAGUACUGUAGUUGUUUUGUAAUUCGUACAUGUGCCAAUAAGCUUGUGUUUCAUUGUGAUUUGAUAUAUAAUUUCAAAAAAUUACUUAUUUAUGCUUUUUCUUCAGUUACAGCAUAUAGUGUUAUAGCCGUGUUAAAAUAGCUUUAUCUCCACAUGAUAUUACAGGAGGAUUUGUAAGUUUAUUUAGACAUCUUUUAAAGAGCUUGUUACCCCAAAACUACAAGAAAGUAUUUGGGGCAUUCUCCAUUGUAGUGUAUAAAUAUGCUCAAAGUACAGUAGUAGGCAACACAUGCUUUGUCUUUAAAAGUCCAGUUCAAUGUGGAUAGCAUGUUGUCAAGCCUUUUUUUACUCUUUUGUUUGAAUUAACUUUGCAUCUUAAAAGGCUGAGUUGUUUACUGGACCUUCAUUUAAACUAAAAUAUUUACAUCCACAGGUACUAUCCAUAAAAAACAUAACCGCUUCAAGUGUUUGAUUCAGUCAACAUUUAAAAGGACAAGGGUUUUUAAGGUGCCCAUUUUGCAGGUCAAAAAUGUAAUAUUUUAAAGUGUGUUUCACUUUACCAUGGUAUAUUAACAGACAUGAACUUAACUAUUGCCACAUUUUCCAUGUGUAUCAAAUCUAACGUAGGCUCACUUGUGCAUUUAUCCUACAUUGCAUCUAUUUUUUAAUGUGAGAGCACCAUCUUUAAACAACGUUAGUCUUCAGUGUGUGGUUUAGCAUUGUGGCAUUUGAUCUUGUUUAAAGAUGUGAGCCUGGUAUGGACCCUUGUCCUUUUAAUAUUUUAUUUUCUCUUGUGGUGGAGGGUUAAUGCAAAAUAAAAAAUCUUGAACUUCAA